UAUCCUUAAGACUUUAACUUCGCUCGGUAACUGAAAUUAUGGCGGGAAACAAUUCUUGAGAACUCUCAGUUAUCUCCGCAACACUAAAACGAUCUCCUUCCUUUAUGUUUACUCUCUCCACUUUCCGUGCACCCUGCUGUAACCCUAUCAUUGUCCAACACUUGUUUACUCUCAGUUGUUUCUGUUUCCAUAAAACACAAAAUUACUUCCGCUGUUUCUGCUUCCAAAAACAACUGCAACUACCACUGCAAUCAAUGGCGCCUUCAGUCGUGGCGGAGUACGCGAAAUCGAACCGGUCGGCGUGCAAGAAGUGCUCAGAAAAGAUUGCGGCCCAGGCCUUGAGAUUGGGGUCGGUCAGCAGAGACUCGCGAGGGUUUGACUUGACCAAAUGGCAUCAUGUGGACUGCUUUCCUUUCGCUUCUGAGCCAAUUGAUUCUGCCGACAGCAUCAAGGGCUUCUCAUCGCUUAAGAGUGGUGAUCAGGAAGCUUUGAAGAAAUUGGUGGUUGAAUGCAAGAAGUCUCCCGAGGAGGUUUCAGGGAGGAGCCAAAACGAAAAUGCGAAGGUUCAGAAAACAAAUGAAGACAAAGAAGAGGUUGAAUUGGAGGAAGGAAAUUCAAAAAGAAUAAAGGUAGUCAAUACUCUCUCUCUUGGUAUGUGGAUUUGGAGGUCUUAAAAUUAAUUAGUAUUU